GGGCUAUGGAACCAAGCGUAAAAGGGCAGGAGGCACAGUGGGCCGAGGGGCGUUCUAUCCUCAUCUGCCCUGGUCUCUAUUACCCUUUGUCCUCCGGCCUCUCCCGGGCACUGGGCCUGCGGGCCCGGUUGCUAGGCGGAAGCUGAGGGCGCGGCGGCAGCGGCCGCGGCGGCUGCCCGGGCGUUUGAAAAGCCUCUACGCAGGCGGCAAAAGGUUCUUAGGCGGCGGGCUCCCCUCUAGUUGCAGACUGGCCCGGUGGGGUGGCGGGGCGGCUUUUUGUCUUGAAUCCGGGCAGGGCUAGGAGCUGGGCUGGCGGCCCGGAGUCGGGGAGCCGGGAGUGCUGCAGGCUGCGGCGGGACCCGGCCGCAGAGCUGGGUCGGGGCGGCCGGGGCCAGGAGCGGGCGGUGGGAGCCGCGCCGGCAGCCCCGCCGGGGGUCGCAGGCUACCGGAACCUCAGUUGGGGCCCCCUUCCGUCCAGCAGACCCCGCCUGCCGGCCGCGGACCGCAGCCAUGGUCUCCAAGUCCGACCCACUGCUCAUCGUUGUGUCCAUCGUAGAAGGUCGACAUUUCCCGAAACGUCCAAAGCAUGUGCUUGUAGUAGAAGCAAAAUUUGAUGGAGAACAGUUGGCUACUGAUCCUGUGGACCAUACUGACCAGCCACAGUUUGCCACCGAGUUAGCCUGGGAAAUUGACAGAAAAGCCCUCCAUCAGCACAGGCUACAGCGUACUCCUAUCAAACUCCAGUGUUUUGCCUUGGAUCCUUUCACUGCAACCAAGGAAACUGUAGGUUACAUUCUUCUAGACUUAAGAACUGCUCAAGAAACAAAGCAGGCACCAAAAUGGUACCAGUUGCUGAGUAAUAAAUACACCAAGUUCAAGUCGGAGAUACAGAUAAGUAUUGCUUUGGAAACAGAUUCAAAGGCACCAGUGGACAGUUUUAAAGCAAAAGGAGCUCCUCCUCGAGAUGGAAAAGUUCCCGCCAGCCUAUCUGGACUUGACCCCAAGGACGUUGUGGCGGUGCUGAAUGAGGAAGGAGGCUACCAUCAGAUCGGACCAGCGGAGCGCUGCACUGACUUCUUCACUAUGUCAGUGACCAUCGCCUUUGCCACCCAGCUGGAGCAGUUAAUUCCAUGUACCAUGAAACUUCCAGAAAGACAGCCAGAGUUUUUCUUUUACUAUUCUUUACUGGGAAAUGAUGUUACAAAUGAACCCUUCAGUGAUUUGAUCAACCCAAACUUUGAGCCAGAAAGAGCAUCUGUUCGAAUACGAAGCAGUGUAGAAAUUCUUCGUGUUUACCUGGCCCUUCAGUCUAAACUACAGAUCCAUCUCUGCUGUGGAGACCAGUCACUUGGAAGUACAGAAAUACCCUUGACAGGAUUACUGAAAAAGGGUAGUACAGAAAUCAACCAGCACCCAGUCACAGUUGAGGGUGCUUUUACCCUUGACCCUCCCAACCGAGCCAAACAAAAGCUUGCACCCAUUCCUGUGGAGCUGGCCCCAACUCUGGGAGUGUCUGUGGCUCUGCAGAGAGAAGGCAUAGAUGCACAGUCUUUAAUUGAGUUAAAAACCCAGAAUGAACAUGAGCCACAGCAUUCAAAGAAGAGAGUUUUAACCCCCAUAAAGGAGAAACUCACUGAGCCAAAAUCACCAAGUGUGUCCCCUGUUACACCUCAUGACCAGUCACCUCCAACCAAAGAUGAUGCAACAGAAAGUGAAGUGGAAAGCUUACAAUAUGAUAAGGACGCAAAACCAAAUCCAAAGGCCAUCAGUUCUGUACCGGCCUCACUGGCCCAGCCAGCAACUACGUCCAAUGCUCCAGAAACAGCCUCGGGCCAGAAGAUAGCGGUUCCAGCAACAUCGCAUCAUUUCUGCUUCUCCAUAGACUUAAGGAGUGUCCACGACUUGGAAGUUGGAUUUCCGAUCAACUGUAUAUUAAGGUACUCGUAUCCAUUUUUUGGAAGUGCAGCUCCUAUUAUGACUAAUCCUCCUGUAGAAGUUCGGAAAAACAUGGAAGUUUUUCUUCCCCAAUCAUACUGUGCAUUUGAUUUUGCGACUAUGCCUCAUCAGCUGCAAGAUACCUUCUUAAGGAUUCCAUUGCUGAUUGAAUUAUGGCACAAGGAUAAAAUGAGUAAAGAUUUGCUUCUGGGAAUCGCCAGAAUCCAGCUUUCUAACAUCUUGUCUGCAGAAAAAACUCGCUUUUUAGGUUCUAAUGGUGAACAGUGUUGGCGUCAGACUCACAGUGAAAGUGUGCCUAUUAUAGCAGCACAAGGGUCAAAUAACAGGAUAAUAAGUCUUUCUUAUACAAUGACUCUAGAAGAUUACGGACUAGUAAAAACACGUGAGAUUUUUGUCUCUGAUUCAUCUCAGGGGUUAGCUGCCGUGCAGCAGAAGCCACCUUCUCUUCCCCCUGCACCUUGUCCUUCGGAAAUCCAGACAGAGCCUCGUGAAACCUUAGAAUACAAGGCAGCACUUGAGCUAGAAAUGUGGAAAGAGAUGCAAGAAGACAUUUUUGAAAAUCAGCUGAAACAGAAAGAACUGGCUCAUAUGCAAGCUCUUGCAGAAGAAUGGAAGAAAAGGGACCGGGAGAGAGAAUCACUAGUAAAGAAAAAGGUGGCAGAAUAUACUAUUCUGGAAGGAAAACUUCAAAAAACAUUAAUUGAUUUAGAGAAGCGAGAGCAGCAGCUUGCCAUUACAGAAUCAGAGCUUCAAAGAGAAAGAAAGGAACUGAAAUCAGAACGUGAACGGAAUCUGCAAGAACUUCAGAGCUCUAUCCGCAGGGCCAAGGAAGAUUGUGUUCACCAAGUAGAACUGGAAAGGUUAAAGAUCAAGCAGCUGGAAGAGGAUAAGCUCCGACUUCAGCAGCAGCUUACUGAUGCUGAAAAUAAGUAUAAGAUUUUGGAGAAAGAGUUCCAUCAGUUUAAGGAUCAGCAAAGCAACAAACCAGAAAUCCGCCUACAGUCUGAAAUAAACCUGCUCACCUUGGAAAAGGUGGAACUUGAAAGAAAGUUGGAAUCUGCAACUAAGUCUAAACUACAUUACAAGCAACAAUGGGGACGAGCUUUGAAAGAACUCGCCAGACUUAAACAGCGAGAGCAAGAAAGUCAAAUGGCUCGCCUUAAAAAACAGCAAGAAGAAUUGGAACAGAUGAGACUACGUUACCUGGCUUCUGAGGAGAAAGAUACAGUAAAAACUGAGCGACAAGAAUUGUUGGAUAUAAGAAAUGAAUUGAACAGGUUAAGGCAACAAGAACAAAAACAGUAUGAGGAUUCCAGAGAGAUUGCAAGUGGAAAAAUGGAUGGUCCACAUGGCAGUGCAUUGGAAGGAGGUUUGGAUGAUUAUUUGACUCGCCUAAUAGAAGAAAGGGAUACUUUGAUGAGGACGGGUGUGUACAAUCACGAGGACCGAAUAAUAAGUGAACUUGACCGACAGAUCAGAGAGGUUUUGGCAAAGAACAGUACCAGUAAUUAAUAACAUUUGGAAAAUCUUUAUAGACUACAGGUCCAAAUUUUAAUUUCAUUGUAAAACCCUCAAAUGAAGGUAAGAUGGAUGUUUUAAGAUGCAGUUUUCAAUUUUUAUAAGCAAAAUUUUAUAUGCUAUUGUAUAGUAUUUAUUUGAUUUUAUUUACUUUAUGCUACCUCCCAUUCUGGUUUAAUUUGUAAUUGCAUUUUAUAUACUCAUUUUAAAUGACUCCUCCCUGUUUCCUAUAAUUUAUAAUUUUAUGGCUAACUUUCAAAAUAGCUUUUCCUAAAUUUGUUCUAGGAGAAAUGACUGCAGCGAUUUCCAGUUAUACAACUUUCCAUAUUGAGCCAAAAGAGUGUGUUGUACUUUAAACAUGUUGUGUCUUAGUCAUUUGAAUAUAGAUAUCUUAAUUAUUUAGACCAAUUGUAAAUGUAACCCAUUUUAUUUAACUCAUUUAAAAAGUCUUGUUUAAACCAUUUACAAAUGACAAGCUUGAGAACAGAAAGCAGGAUCAGUGCAGAGAAGCCAUAUAAUUUUGAGAGACAAAUCAGUCAUUUAAAUAGUUAAUACAGAUUAAACUUGUUUCAAGAACUAUUUAACUUUCUAAUUUUCAUUUUUCUCUUAACUAUUAAGAAUAUGAAGUAAUAGCUUAAUAAGGUCCUUGUCAGCCUCCUGCUUGAGACCAAAUCGUUUUCCUUUGUUAAUUCUAUAUUAGAACAUGGAAACAGACAUUUAAAGGCUUUAGUUGAGAAAAUAAACAUUUUUUCUCACCCUCAUUUUAAUCAAUCUUUUUCUAAAAGUACAUGAGAUUAAAUCAUUGGGUUUAAGUGCCAUGUCUGUAUAAACUUAAGAAUUCCUUUACAUCAUAUUCUUCAGAGCCAAUAUUUGCCCUCAAAGCAUCAUUUCCCACAUCCUUUUACAGGGUGCCGAAAGGUUUAUUACAAAAUUUACAGAUUUGGUGAGUCUUUAAUAUCUAGUUUGGAAUUUCUGAUUCCCAAAGAUAAUUUAAGUAUGUACUUUAGGAAAUUACACAUAUAUAUUAGUUACUGAUAAAUUCUACGAUAGCAGAACAGGCUAUUUGGUAACACUAAAUUAACUUUUUGUUGCUUUCCAAGGAGGUGUGUAUCUUGUUCGGAAGAUUAAAAUCCCUACAUGCAUUGUAUGGUUUUUUUCUUUAUUAACAAAGUAUUAAUCUAAAAACAACCCAGCAGUAAAUAACAGAAAUUACUGGAUGAGAGAAUAAUGAAUGUGAAUCAUAGCAGGAAUCUGAAAUAUUAAUUAUGGUUAGGCAUUUUCUCUCAUUGAUUUUUGUGCCACAUCAAUGGAGCCGAGUAUUCUUUUUGUCCGAAGGUCCCCGGUGGAAUGCAGUGACCAAGCCUUCGGUUGCAGUGUGCGCUGCGUGUGACUGAUCUCAGACACUAGAGGGGGCCUUAGAUUUAAAGAUAGGAAAAGGACUUUUCUAAAAUGGAUGUGUGGUUUAUUUUGCCUUCUGUAAAGCUAUCUUUUGGCUAUGUAUUUUAAGAAAUAAAAUCAAAAUUGUAUGCA